AUGGCUGCCGAGUCCUCUAACCCUCGCACCGUCGAAGAGAUCUUCAAGGAUUUUAGCGGCCGUCGCUCUGGUUUUCUUAAAGCUCUCUCCGUAGAUGUCGACAAGUUCUACUCUUUAUGCGAUCCGGAAAUGGAGAAUCUGUGUUUGUACGGACACCCGAAUGGGACAUGGGAAGUGAAUCUUCCAGCGGAGGAAGUGCCGCCUGAGCUGCCGGAGCCGGCGCUUGGAAUCAAUUUCGCAAGAGAUGGCAUGCAGCGUAAAGAUUGGCUCUCCUUAGUUGCUGUCCACAGUGAUUGCUGGCUGCUCUCUGUUUCUUCCUACUUUGGCGCUCGCCUUAAUCGCAAUGAGAGGAAACGCCUAUUCAGUCUGAUCAACGAUCUCCCAACUCUCUUUGAGGUGGUGACUGGAAGGAAGCCCAUCAAAGAUAAACCAAGCAUGGAUCUCGGAAGCAAAUCCAAAAACGGCGUAAAGAGAUCCAUUGAAGGGCAGACGAAGAGCACACCGAAAUUGAUGGAAGAGAGCUAUGAAGACGAAGAAGACGAGCAUGGAGACACGCUCUGUGGAAGCUGUGGAGGCAACUACACAAACGACGAGUUCUGGAUUUGCUGCGAUGUGUGUGAACGUUGGUACCAUGGGAAGUGUGUGAAGAUAACACCGGCCAAAGCAGAGAGCAUCAAACAGUACAAAUGCCCUUCUUGCUGCACUAAGAAAGGAAGACCGUGA